AUGGUCAACUUGUUCCGUCGAUUUAUAGCUGAUACUGACAGAUGCACGGUCUGUAAUGCCCAACCCGAAGAUAUUCUCCAUGCUGUGUGGGGAUGUGAGGCACUGGAGAAUGUGUGGAGCCAACUAAGCUGGGCCCGUAGCUCAGUUGCAAUCCCCCCAGGGGAUUUUUCUAAUCUGUUUGCUCAUUUUUUGCAGGACUUCCUCAAUGCCCAAGAUCCGAACCCAAUUUCCACUCAACUGCCGACUUCAGUUCAGUGGCGUCCUCCUGAGCCAAAUCAAUACAAAGCUAACUUCGAUGGUGCAGUUUUCCAGAGCACAAAUUCUGCAGCUCUCGGCGUGGUGAUACGAGACUGGCAAGGUGCUGUCAUAGGUGCUCUGUCAGUGCGUAUUCCCCUCCCACAAACAGUAGCUGAGGUCGAAAUCCUUGCAUGUUGCAAGGCAGUUAGUUUCGCUUUGGAAUUGAGUCUUCGUGAGGUGGUUUUUGAAGGUGAUGUUGUUGGGGUUAUCAAUGCUAUCAAGUCUGGAACGGCUGAACAUUUUUCUUUCGGUCAUAUCAUUGACGAUAUUUACCAUUCGUCUUCUCAUUUGAAUCGAUGUGAUUUUUGUUUUGUUAAUUGUUCUUGCAAUAAGGUUGCCGAUCCUUUGGCAAAGAAAGCAAAAGAGGGGAAUGAUUUUAAGGUCUGGUUGGAAGAUAUAUCUACAGACCUUGCCCCCCUGGUUGCUUCUGAUGUUGCUUAA